CUCUCUCUCUCUUCUGGACUCCACUCGAGCAGCAGCUAGGGUGGGCACCGUUUCUCUGUCCAUUGCUAGCCCUCUAUCACUUGCGCCCACACACCCACACACACUCUACGCGACGAGCAGUCGAGCGCAAUCGCAAGCAUACAUAGAGCAUGAGCUCGCUGCUUGCUCGGUCCUCUUCUCUUCCUGCCCAAAAGGGUGGAAGCUACAUUCUGUCUGCGACUCGUCAUUAGUACAGGAUUGUUCUUGGAUGCGCAACCAGCCAACGACUCACAAUACGCUCGCGGGAAUUAAGGGCUUAAUCCCACUCGGCCAGCGCGGAAGUCGGGAGAAAUUUGGGCAUCUGCUGCAGCCAUUGCUCGAUUCUUGGUGUGGUGGCUUCUUGAUGGGUUGGUUUGGUUGUAGAAGCAGCCCAAGACGCCUAAUUUCCUUCCUGCUCACCUCACAUUUGGAGUGAUUUGAUGUCUUCGUGCAGCAUUUGGCCACUUAUAUCUGGCCUUGCUCCUUUUUUCAGCCACAUUUCUCAGUUCUUGGUAUCCGGUUGGCACCUCGAUGUGUCCGCAUUGCUUCUGGAGUCCCAAUUCUAAAUUAGCUAGUAGGUCACAUUUGCAGUGACCUUGGUCUCCUGGAGCCCUGGGUGCAGCAGCCUUGGAAAUUUCUCUGCAUUUGCCAAGUUUCUUGCCCUCAGCGUGCUCGUUCUUUGUUGAUAGAUGUCCUAAAUCCUGCGUGCCCGGUUGAUCUGCUCCCAUUUCUAGCAUUUUCCAUUUCCUGGUGCACCAUUCUUCCAAACCUCUGUUCUCGUUCGGUGCCGAAAUCCCCAAAAUUUUGGUCUUUUACUCGCACUCUUGGUUCCAAGUCUCAUAAACCCUACCUACUUCACUUCACACCCAGUGUUUGGAAGACUCAAGAUUGCUCCGCCGUUUGCAUGAGCAGUGCUUGUAUUGGCUUCAGAGCUGGAUCUUACAAUGCGGCUCCUGAUAUUGUGCUUAUCGAUUUGGGCUGCGUCUGCAGCCGCUGCCAUGGCUGGUACAGACAUGGAGGCACUAUUGGAGUUCGGCAGAGGCAUCCGGCAAGACUCAUCCGGUCAUCGGGCCACUCCUUGGAACCCCACUAGCGCGUUGGAUUCUGAUGGCUGCCCUCUCGAUUGGCAUGGCGUGCAGUGCAGCAAUGGCCAAAUUCUGUCAAUUGCAUUUGAUGGAGCUGGGCUUGUGGGUAAUGUUAGCCUGUCGGCUCUUGCGAGUAUGCCGAUGCUUCAGAACUUGUCCCUGUCGAAUAACAAACUGGUAGGCGUCUUGCCCCGUGAUCUCGGGUCUAUGACUUCUUUGCAGCUAUUGGAUCUUUCGAAUAACAUGUUCUCAGGUCAAAUUCCGGCUGAAUUGACUAAAUUGGCUAAUUUGGGACAUCUCAAUCUCUCUUCCAAUGGUUUUGGUGGUGCAUUGCCUUUGGGUCUCCGGAACUUAAGGAAACUGAAAUAUCUGGACCUUCGUGGCAAUGGCUUUACUGGCAAAUUGGAUGACAUAUUUGCAGAAUUACAGAGCCCGGUUCAUGUUGAUUUGAGCUGCAACCGGUUCUCGGGUUCAUUGAUAUCAAUAUCUGACAACUCAUCUGUGGUUAGCACACUUCAGUACUUGAAUGUUAGCCACAAUAUGCUGUCAGGAGCAUUAUUUGAGAGUGAUCCAAUGCCUCUGUUUGAUAGCCUGGAGGUGUUUGAUGCAAGUUACAAUAUGCUUGAGGGCAAUAUUCCACCAUUUAAUUUUGUGAUUUCCCUCAAGGUGUUGCGCUUGCAGAACAAUAAUUUUUCUGGGUCCAUUCCAGAGGCGCUCUUUCGACAGACCUCCAUGGUGUUGACUGAACUUGACCUCAGCUGCAAUCAACUUACAGGUCCAAUUAGACGUGUAACAUCAAUGAACUUAAAGUACCUGAAUCUGUCAUCCAACAGCCUUCAGGGAACUUUGCCCAUCACAUUUGGGAGCUGUUCAGUUGUUGAUCUGAGUAGAAACAUGCUUUCAGGGAACCUAUCAGUUAUCCGAACUUGGGGAAAUUAUAUUGAGACGGUCGAUUUGACCUCAAAUCGGUUAACAGGAACAUGGCCAAAUGAGACAACCCAGUUUUUGAGGUUGACUUCGUUGAGGAUUUCCGACAACUUGCUUGCAGGAGAACUACCAACUGUUAUUGGAACUUAUCCUGAGCUGAUUUCCAUCGACUUGAGUCUCAAUCAGCUUCAUGGACCAUUGCCUGGAAAUCUGUUUACAGCAGUCAAACUGACCUAUCUAAAUCUGUCAGGAAACAGCUUUGCAGGGACUCUUCCUCUUCCUAAUUCUGAAGCAAAGAGCUCAACUUUUAUAGACUUGUUAGUUCUCCCUGUACAAACUUCAAACCUCUCAUUUGUUGAUCUUUCAAACAAUUCUUUGAAUGGCUCACUGCCUUCGGGCAUUGGUGCUUUGAGUGGAUUGGCAUUACUGAACCUUUGCCAAAACAACUUUUCGGGGCAAAUUCCGAGAGAAAUCACCAAGCUAAAGCAUUUGAUAUACAUUGACUUAUCAAAAAACAAUUUCAAUGGUACCAUACCCGAGGACCUCCCUGAUGAUCUUGUUGAGUUCAAUGUCUCCUACAACAAUCUAUCUGGCUCAGUUCCAAGCAACUUGUUGAAAUUUCCUGAUUCAUCUUUCCAUCCAGGAAAUGAGCUGCUUGUUCUUCCUCAUUCUGCAUCACAAAAUGGCCCUGACAGUUCUGGAGGGGGGAGACGCGGUAUGAAACGUGGAAUUCUGUAUGCAUUGAUUGUAUGUGUUGUAGUCUUUGUUACUGGGAUUAUUGUGCUUUUGCUUGUUCAUUGGAAGAUCUCUAGCUGGAAGAGUAGUGAAAAAGGAACUAGCCAAAGCAAACAACCCGCAACUGUAGGAGAAUGUUCACAGAGACAAGGAGAAGCUCCAACACCAGAAAUGCAAGAAGUAUCACUAGAAUCAUCAUCAUCUACAGAGUAUGUAGGUAAUCCUUUACCUGGUAAGGAAAGACAGCAUGAAGCACAAGAUGUGUCAGUUCAUGCUGAUCAAAUAGGCAGUAGCUCCACCCUUAAAGACAAUAUGGCAUCUUUGAUGCCUCCAUUGACAUCGUCACCUCCUGAUGUGCGCGCGCAGCAUCAGCACUCUGUCCUGAGAGUCCACUCUCCUGAUAAAAUGGUUGGGGAUUUACAUCUUUUUGACAAUCUUGUAGUGUUCACGGCCGAAGAGCUCUCCCGUGCUCCUGCAGAGAUCAUUGGUAGGAGUUGCCAUGGGACAUCCUACAAGGCUACACUUGACAAUGGAUAUGCACUGACAGUAAAGUGGCUGAAGGAGGGAUUUGCUAAGAGCAAGAAGGAAUUUUCUCGUGAAAUAAAGAAGCUUGGAACUGUUAAACAUCCCAAUUUAGUGUCCAUGCGAGGCUACUACUGGGGUCCUAAAGAGCAUGAAAGGAUCAUUAUAUCAGACUAUGUAGAUUCUACUUCUCUUUCUUCUUUCUUGUCUGAGUUUGAAGAACGGAAUAUUCCGCCUCUAUCAGUGGACCAGCGUCUGAACAUUGCAAUUGACAUUGCGCACUGUCUAGAUUACCUACAUAACGAGCGAGUGAUCCCACACGGCAACCUGAAGUCAUCCAAUGUCCUGAUCCAGAACGCAAGUCCAUCUGCUUUGGUUACCGACUACAGCCUUCACAGGCUCAUGACUCCAAUCGGCAUGGCCGAACAGGUCCUCAAUGCAGGGGCCCUCGGAUACUCUCCACCUGAGUUUGCUAGCUCCAGUAAGCCGUGCCCUUCCCUGAAGAGUGAUGUGUAUGCCUUCGGUGUCAUUCUACUCGAGCUGCUGACAGGGAAGAUUGCCGGGGAAAUCGUUUGCGUGAACGAUGGUGUGGUCGACUUGACGGACUGGGUAAGGAUGCUAGCAAGGGAGGAGCGCGUUUCGGAGUGCUACGACAGGCGGAUCGUGGAAGCUCAUGGCUCAGGUGGCGCCCCAAAGGCGCUGGAGGACAUGCUGCGCAUCGCCAUCCGGUGCAUCCGGUCUGCAUCCGAAAGGCCGGAGAUUCGGACAGUGUUUGAGGACCUUUCAUCCCUGUCAUCUUGACAUAAAAUUUCUUGACAGUGUACAUCUCGUACUUACAUCAGUUUGCCGAAAUUCUGGGAAGGGUAUACUAACAUCUGUGAACUGUUUAGGAUUUUGUGGUGGUGUUCUGGUCUCUUGAGCAUUUGAUUGUUUGGGUUCCUCUUCCUUAGAAGCGUCGAUUCAUUUUUAGUUAGUCCAUGAUUUUAGCCCUAGAUGAUUGUGAGAAUAAGUUUGUGCAUUGUUAUUUUGAACAUCAGAAAGAAAAUAAAGAUAUGUGUAGUUAUUUUUCUCUUGCAUGUUGUGAGUUAGUAUGUACCUUUACACUGAUCUCUGUAUAACUAGUCAGAUAUCCCCCCAAAAAAUACUCACUUUGUAAGUGUAACAGAAUAGCCGACAAUUUGUGAUACUGUUUAAUCUUUUGCCACAAGUUGUGGCUGGUA